ACAGAUUAUGAUCCAAUGGACCGAUAUGAUAAUCCGAUGAUCAAGAAUUGAUCGUAUUUUCAAUUUGUUUCGAGCCGAAAAUCCUCAAAAUCAACCGAAAAAGUCAAAAUGUUUUCGAAAUUAUUAAGUUUUUCCAAAUCCCGAAAAGUAAUAUCGGUACAGGUGCAUACAAUGGAUGCACAAUUAGAAUUUGAAAUUGAUAAAAGUGCAACCGGUAGUGAUCUGUUUGAUCUUGUUACUCGUGCUAUUGGUUUAAGAGAAGUAUGGUAUUUCGGUUUACAAUUUGUCGAUUCAAAAGGUUUUAUUUGUUGGCUAAAAAUGAAUAAACGUGUUUGUGAUCAAGAUAUUGCCAUACAAAAACGUCAACAACAAUUGAUUUGUCAUCAAAAUAAUAAAGCAAAAAAAUCAAAUGGUGAUUCAGUAAUGUCAUUUUUAUUUUUAGCGAAAUUUUUUCCUGAAGAUGUUGCCGAAGAAUUAAUACAAGAAGUAACACAGCAUUUAUUCUUUCUUCAGGUAAAACAAAGUAUUUUAAAUAUGGAUAUUCAUUGUCCGGCUGAAGUUAGUGUAUUAUUAGCAUCAUAUUCAGUACAAUCCAAAUAUGGUGAUUAUAUUGAUAAUCAAAAUCAAUUUUCAUCUGCUUCUUCUAAUAAUAAUAAUAAUGAUGAUAAUAUGAUGGCAAAAUUAAAUGUUGAAGAAUUAUUACCACGUGGUGUAUUGGAACAAUAUCAAAUGACCAAACAAAUGUGGCAGGAUAAAAUACGUAUCUGGUAUGAAGAUCAUAAAGGUAUGACAAGAGAUGAAGCUGAAACUGAAUAUUUAAAAAUUGCUCAAGAUCUGGAAAUGUAUGGGGUUAAUUAUUUCCUUAUAAGUAAUAAAAAAGAAAGUGAACUUUGGCUCGGUGUUACCGCUCUGGGUUUGAAUAUUUAUGAAAAAGAAAAUAAAUUAUCACCACGAAUUACGUUUUCAUGGAGUGAAAUACGUAACAUUAGUUAUGAUGAUAAAAAAUUUAUCAUCCGACCUAUCGAAAAGAAUGCAACAAAAUUAUGUAUCGGUAAUCAUGAUCUGUUUAUGCGGCGGCGAAAACCCGAUUCAAUUGAAUUACAACAAAUGAAAGCACAGGCAAAAGAAGAAAGAAUUCGAAGACAAUUGGAGCGAUCAAGAUUUCUGCGUGAAAAAGAAUUGCGUGAAGAAGCGGAAAAAGAAAAGGCGGCAUUGGAACAACGUCUGUUACAAUAUCAAGAAGAAGCGCAUGGUGUACAGGAACAAUUACGUCGUAGUGAAGAAACGGCAGAAUUAUUAGCGGAAAAAGCGCGUGUUGCUGAAGAAGAGGCAAUGUUAUUAUCACAAAAAGCAGCUGAAGCUGAAGCUGAAAUUCAACGUAUUAAAAUUACGGCCAUAAAAACUGAAGAAGAAAAACAUUUGAUUCAACGUAAAGCAGAAGAAGCAGAAUUAUUAGCUUCUACGCUGGCUGAAGAAACUGAUCGUCGAACAAAAGAAACUGAACAAUUAAAAGAAGAACUAUUUAGUACAAAAUUAUCAACAAAACAGCUAUUGAUUUUAUUGAAUAAAUUUCAACAAGAAAAUCAAUUAAGUCAGGAAAAUUUAUUACCAUUACCACCAACAUCAUCACCAUCGACAACGAUAUUAUCACCACCACCGCCGCCAUCGACACCUCAUUCACUUCAUCCACAUCAUCAUUUACAUACCGCAUCACAAUCAAAUCAUAAUAAUCAUUCAAUAUCGUUGAUACAUCAUCAUCCACAUAAUCGACAAACAAAUAAUGUUUUAAAUAAUCAAAACUGUGAUAUUAUAUCGGAUCUGAAUCAUAUUUAUGAAGAUCCGAAUGAUACAAUUAUAAAAUUGAAUCAAUAUUUGGCCAAUAAUAAUACAACUAAUAAUGGUGUACCAUCAUUCUAUACGACAAUAAAUGAUGAAUGUUGUGAUAAUAAUAAUCGAUUAAUAAAUCAUUCAUUUAUCAAUUCACCAUUACCACCACCAUCAUCAUCAUCAUCAUCAAUGAUAAAUGGUUCAUCAUUCAUUAAUAAAAGUCAAUGGUCAUCAUCAUUAAAUGAUGAACAUCAAGAUAAUGAUAAUGAUGGUGAUGAUGAUGAUAAUGAUGAACAACAAACAACAUUGAAUCAAGAAUCACAUGAUUUUGAUAUGGAAAAAAUUGAAUCCGAUGUUGAAAAAGAACGUAUUGAAUAUUUGAAAAAAUCUAAACAAUUACAUGAACAAUUAAAAGGUUUGAAAUCUGAGAUACAGGUAUUAAAAGUUGAAGAACGACUAACAUCAUUGGAUAGGAUUCAUGAAGAAAAUGUUAUCAAAGGUGAAAGUAAAUAUUCAACAUUAAAACGAACAUUAUCCGGUACAACAAAAGCAAGAGUAGCAUUUUUUGAAGAAUUAUAA